AAAACACAAAUAAACUUUUAAACAUCGAUUUGACAGCCAAACAGCCCGUUAAAUUCAAAACCCUAACAAAACCCCAAGCAUCAAUCCACCAGAAAACAGAUACAACAAUGGCUUGUAACGGCACGGGAGGCUGCGACUCCGGUUGCUACAAAGACGAAAACGACUCAACCAAUGGCGUGUUGCCAAGUGUCACUAAUUCUUCCAACACUAACCUAUGCUUAAAGUGCAAAUCCAGCGAAAUUAUCGCCGGCGGCACCGGAUUUAGCGGCGGAACCAACAUGAAGCUGUGCGCUGACUGCUUCCGUGGAAAUCUGUACGGUAAAUUCAAGCUCGCCGUCUCGGCUAAUGGCAUGAUCUCUCCCUCCGAUAACGUGCUUGUCGCGUUCUCCGGUGGCACCUCUUCGAGGGUGGCUCUUCAAUUUGUUCAUGAGAUGCAAGUUAAAUCACAGAAGAAUUUUGAUGCAAGUAGAGAUAGAUCGUUACCGGUAUUUGGUGUUGGAGUUGCUUUUGUCGAUGAAAGUGCCUUUCAUACAUUGCCUUCGCAUGAACUGGACAAAGAAAUUGAAGAAAUUAAACUUAUCGUGGACGAACUAUCUCCACCAACAAAAGCUUUCCAUGUUAUUCCAAUUGAAAGCAUUUGCUUGUCCAAUUCUAACAGUGCAAAAGACAAUUUGAAUGAGUUAUUAAAUGCUGUUAGUGAUAAAACUGGAAAAGAGGAUUUGAUGGUUCAGCUGCGCAUGAUGUCAUUGCAAAAGACUGCUCUUGAAAAUGGAUACACGAAGCUUGUUCUAGGAUCAUGUACAUCAAGGCUCGCUUGUCACGUGAUUGCAUCAACGGUGAAGGGGCAAGGUUACUCUUUAGCUGCAGAUAUACAAUAUGUUGAUUCCAGGUGGGAGAUACCAGUGGUCCUUCCCAUUCGUGAUUGUACACUUCAAGAGCUUAACAUGCUCUGUAAACUAGAAAGUUUAAAGACUAUGGAGCUGCAUAAUGGUUCUCGUGCUGGCAUCAAUGGCCUGAUCUCAUCAUUCGUCAAACUUCUGCAGGAAGAGAAUCCUUCUAGGGAAUGCACAAUUGUAAGGACAGCAGGGAAGCUAACUCCAUUUCAUUUUAACAAGAUUCCAGAGGAAGCAGAUGACUGUAACUUGCAGUUGGCAUCUCAACGGCGGCGGAAGAAAUUCAAUCUGAAGUCUAACGAACUUCUUCCCCCAGAAUCUUACUGUCCACUUUGCUCUAGCCCACUAGAUAAGAAUAGUAUCUCUAACUUGGCUUUUGAAAAUGGACAUACAAGUUAUGGAUCAUUUGUGCCAAAAUGCUGUUCCAGUUGCCAAUUUCAAAUACUCCCCAAAGAACCAUUACACAUGGAGCAAUUCUAUUCUCUGUUACCACAACCUAUAACUGAUCGAGCUAAAGAUGGUAGCUGUCGCAGCCAGAGAUCUAUAAGGGAGCAAAUACAAGAUUGCCUUCUUUCAGACAACGAAGAUGGAACUUGAUGUCUGAACAUUGCUACUAUGCCUUGUGCAAACUGCAUCAGGUGGAUUAGUAGUGUUUGGUUGCUGGCCAUCCUGAGACUCAGUCCAAAUGGCUGACAAGAAGCAAUGUCUAGCAGCAAAAACCCCUAAUGAGCCUGGAUACAAAUUGAAUUACUGAGUAUAAAUGUCUAUGAAUGCAUAAGUUUGUUGAAUUAAAGUUUACGCAGAGCUACAAUUAAAUCUUUAAUUGUAGAUGCCAACCCUUUGAAAUGAUAAUGUCAGUUUUAUGUAUACUGGCUUUUGCCAGCUAUUAGGAUUUGCAUUUAUGAUUGUGUACAUGAUGCUUUUAAUGACCUCGCGGGGCUGGGGACUAUUAGAGUUGAGUGUUUUUCCUUUUUAA